AUGACAGAGAGAUACCGUGACCAGGAGCCCAACGAGGCGCUGGACCCAGAGGCCUUGUAUUCCAAGGAAUACUGCAUCGGUGGUGGCAGUUUUGGAAAGGUUUACAAAGGAGUCGAUAAACGGACUGGCCAGGCUGUCGCCAUCAAGUUGAUUGAUAUCGAAAAUGCUGACGACGAAGUCGAGGACAUUAUCCAAGAAAUAGCCAUCUUGUCAGAGUUACAAUCUCCCUACGUGACAAAGUACUACGGAUCGUACGCUAAAGGUGCCGAGCUAUGGAUCGUCAUGGAGUUCUGCGCCGGUGGCAGUUGUGCAGACCUGAUGAAGCCGGGAUUAAUCGGGGAAGACUACAUCGCCAUCAUCUUGCGAGAGUUGUUACUGGGGUUGGAUUACUUACACUCCGAUAAGAAGCUUCAUAGAGAUGUCAAAGCUGCCAACAUUUUGCUCGGAUCUGGUGGCCAGGUAAAGCUUGCCGACUUUGGUGUUUCCGGCCAACUAUCCGCCACAAUGACCAAGAAGAAUACUUUUGUUGGAACCCCGUUUUGGAUGGCCCCGGAAGUUAUCAAACAGUCUGGUUACGAUCACAAGGCCGACAUCUGGUCGCUUGGCAUUACGUCCCUCGAGCUAGCUAAUGGAGAACCUCCCUACGCGGACAUUCAUCCGAUGAAGGUUCUUUUUCUCAUUCCCAAGAAUCCGCCACCCAGGUUAGGGGGCAACUUCACCAAAGCUUUCAAAGACUUUGUUGAGCUCUGCCUGCAGCGGGAUCCGAAGGAACGUCCCACGGCAAGAGAUCUGCUAAGACAUCCGUUUAUCAGAAAAGCGAAGAAAACCACCUAUCUCACUGAGCUUAUCGAGCGCCACAGCCGAUGGCUGGUCACUCACAAGGGAGACGACGACGAAGAAAAUUGGGACGUCCAUGAGGGUGCGGGCCCGACAGAACGAGAAAAGGUGGACGAAGACAUGUGGGACUUUGGAACGGUCAAGCUGAUAGGCGACCGGGGCAAUCUCGUACAUCGGCCAGGCUUGAACGCCGUGGGUGAAAUUGCCACCAAUGCUCACCCUUCACGACCGCUGGAAGGCGAACACGCUUCCGGAGAAGAGUACCACGAUGCCGGUCCGACCAAGACGAGGGAUUUCGCGUUUGAACCCAGCGAUACGCUCAAGGCUCCCAACUCGGGCACCUCGAGGCAAUCCAGUCCGCAACGAAAGCCCGUGCCUGCGGAUCUCAUCGAGUCACCCGCGAAGACGCAGCUGCCCGCGAGUCCGAGGAAGCCGUCGAGUAGAGAGACCCCCGGAACCCCGACGAGCCAUCAUCCCUCGCAACGGCCGCUGCCGCCAGCUCCCAUCUCACAGUCCCCAGACUAUGACGGAGAGCUCCACCAUCAGCUGCGGCGUGAUUUGAGCAUGUUGAACUUGAGCACGAGCCCUUGUCCAGCGGUGCCAUGGCACGCGUCGCCGACCCACGGUGACCGACCUUUGCCACGAGCUGUGCAGGAUUUGCCCCCAGGGCAACCUGGCUCCCGGGUGCCAUCCAUGACCAUACCCGAGAUUCCCCCAUAUCGGGCCUCUUCAGCCCAAAGGGUGACGUCUCAGCAGGUUUCCCCGCCGCAAGUCGCGUCGACUUCUGACCACCACGCGGCCUCGCCAAACUCGAACUCACCCGCACCAUCGGACGGUUCCGCCGCUCCAUCGUCAUUCCCUUCCCCUGCCCCGGGGAACCCGAACGGCGAGCUGGAUGCCUUGAACGACGUCAUCUUCCCGGCAUUGGAGGAGGCGCUGAAGAGGAGGCAGGCUCGGCUGCAGCAGCUGUAUAUGCCGCCGCAAAAUGCUGGUGCUGCGUCGGCGAAUCAGCAGCGAGCCGAGGCUGCGCACGAAAAGCUGAGGAAGCUGGUGUACAAGCUGGCCCAUGUGUGCAAGGAGGUGGAUUACUACGACAAGGCGGAACCGGUGGGCAUGGGUCGCGACGUGACCAGCUUUCUCGAGGGGCUGCUGGAGGAAAUACUGGUGCGAGUGGAGCCGUUGGACGACGAGGAGAUGUGA